ACAAAACCCAACAGUCUCUUCUAUCUUCUUUCUUCCCUCGACAUUUCCAACUUCACUUCUCCUAACGGCACUCUCUCAGUCUGUCUCUCCGGUUCGGUCCUCCUCUCUCUGGCGAUUUUUGAGUAAUAUUAAUUCUCAAUUUAGUUUGUUAUAGGGCCUGGAUGGGUCCUUUAACGCUAUCCGUUGAUUCGAAAAGCACUUCUACAGCUUCUUCAGAUCUAUCGAACAAGAAAACACAGAAGUUGCAGCUGGAAACAAGGAAGUCGUUUGCAUCAGUUAGCAUGGAAGAGCAGAAACCCUUUGAUUUCUUUCGUACUUUAUUUGAGGGAGUUAUAGCAGGAGGUACAGCUGGUGUUGUUGUUGAAACUGCUUUAUAUCCUAUCGAUACCAUAAAGACAAGGCUGCAGGCUGCUCGAGGUGGAGGAAAAAUAAAGUUGAAGGGCCUUUAUUCUGGUUUGGCUGGAAACCUUGCUGGGGUCUUACCCGCUUCUGCUUUAUUUGUUGGCGUAUAUGAACCAACAAAACAGAAAUUGUUGAGGAUGUUUCCUGAAAAUCUUAGUGCUGUUGCUCAUCUGACAGCAGGUGCCAUAGGAGGGGUUGCUGCUUCUCUCAUCCGUGUGCCAACAGAAGUUAUUAAGCAAAGGAUGCAGACUGGGCAGUUUGUUUCAGCUCCGGAUGCUGUCCGUCUUAUUGUUUCUAAGGAAGGAUUUAAGGGUCUAUAUGCGGGAUAUGGAUCCUUUCUAUUGCGGGAUUUGCCCUUUGAUGCAAUUCAAUUCUGCUUAUAUGAGCAGCUUCGGUUGGGUUAUAAAGCAGCAGCGCACAGAGAGUUGAAUGAUCCUGAGAACGCUGUCAUUGGUGCCUUUGCUGGUGCAUUGACUGGAGCUAUUACUACUCCCCUGGAUGUGAUUAAAACAAGAUUAAUGGUUCAGGGAUCCGCAAACCAGUACAAAGGUAUCUUCGAUUGUGUUCAAACUAUUGUUAGAGAAGAAGGACCUCCUGCUCUUCUGAAGGGCAUUGGACCGAGGGUACUGUGGAUAGGCAUCGGUGGUUCAAUUUUCUUCGGUGUCCUGGAAAGCACUAAGCGGGCGCUUGCUCAGAGGCGUCCAUCACCUUCUGAACAAUCAAAGCAAGAUUGAAUUUAUGUUCCUGAACGAUGUCAGGAAGCAUUCUUUUUUUUUCACGUCACCAACAGAGCAUAAGAAAUUAUACAUCGUUCUUGCUCAGUUGGCGCUGGUAGCUUCGCACGUGCAAUGGAAAAAUCUGCUUUUGAUGAAAUAAGUCUCAAUUACAUGAGGGAAAAAAAAAAAGGUUAGAAAUUAAUCAGGGCCCUUCUGAAUGGGGCAUUACCAAGAUGUUUGAGGUUUAUGUAUACCUUGAUUCUUUGUAGUGACAGUUUAAAUCAAAAUUUAUUUUGAAAAGCUAAAGGCUGA